CUGCAGUUCUAACUCCUCAAGCUAAGCAAGCUAGCUCGAUCAAAUUACAAAUAAACUCAUCAACAAAAACUAAGCAAUGGCUGCUAAGUCUCUAAUUCUGUUUGGUGUCCUCCUUGCCUCCCUCCUCCUCGUCUCCCAGGAUGUAGUUGCUGCUAGGGAGCUCACUGAAGCCCAUGAAUCCGAGAGAAAGAAUGUGAAACCUGAGGUUGAACAAAACAAUUGGGGAGGUGGAUACAUGCAUGGUGGAGGAUACGAACACGGUGGAGGGUAUAGUCAACCCAGGUAUGGUGGCGGUUACGGACAGCCUGGAUAUGGUGGCGGUUAUGGCCAGCCUGGGUAUGGUAGCGGUUAUGGCCCUGGCUAUGGUGGUGGGGGCUCUGGACCCGGAUAUGGUGGUGGAUAUGGUAGCCCAGGAUAUGGCGGCGGAUAUGGUAGCCCUGGCUAUGGUGGUGGUAGCGGUUACGGCGGUGGAUACGGCGGUGGCUACGGUGGUGGAUAUGGCGGUGGCAGUGGCUAUGGUGGUGGAGGUGGUUAUGGAGGAGGUUCUGGUGGAGGAGGUCAACAUGGUGGAUGGCACUAAAAUACAUACAUAGCUACCUCUACAUGUUCUGCAAAUAAAGGCUCAUCCGCACGCCAUCCAUAUCCUGGAUAAUAUAAAGUAUUUUCUGCGCUUGUGUUCAAAUUGCACAAAUAUGUCCAUGAUUAAGAAAAACAGUUGAGCUACACAUAUGGUGUUUUGUGCCCGUAUGAGAUGUAUGAUUGAUUAAUUUAGAUGUUUUAAGGAUGGAUCAUGUUGUAAGUAUCUUUGUCCAAAUAUAUAAAUAAAUAAAUGAAUGAAUGAAUGAUA